UGCAACUAUUCCUUCGUCGCAACAAUUUCCCUCAGUAGCGCCACGAAACAUACGCUCGAAACCAUUGGAAAAAAUGCUUCCUUCUCUUCUCAGCUGAUAAAAAGAGAUUCAGUCAUAGGAAAAACACAUGACGGUACGAAGAGCUAGCGAUGAGCAAGGUGGCUAAAUGGCUAGUAAGACGACAAACAAGGUUUGCCGGUGGUUACGCAACAUUCGACGCGUCAAAGUAAAAAGUUCUCACGAAGCAAUCCUGAAACCACGAACAAUCAUACCUGGUUGGAACGGAGUACGAUAAAAAUCGACGAAAAUGAAUGUAUGUGUCGUUGGCGCUGGAGUCGUUGGGUUAACGACCGCACUGGAGCUACAGCGUGAGUUGCGGAACGCAAAUGUUACCAUCUUGGCGGAUCGGUUCGAGAAGGACACGUGUAGUGAUGUGGCAGCCGGUCUUUUUCGACCCGGAACCAGCUUUUCCGGCUGUACAGAGGAAAUAACCAGGAAAUGGAUUUCAGACGCCUACAGCUAUUGGGACGAACUUCGCAAGACGGAACACUCCUUCCGGGCUGGUGUAUGUCAGAUGUCGGGCUAUAUUUUCUCCAGUCGUGAUCCUGCCAUUGUGAGGAAUCACUUUAUAGAAAAGGUUGUGCCAGUUUACCGGGCGGCUACUGAGCAAGAGUUGCGGCUGUGUCCGGGCGAAUGGAAAUAUGGCUCAUUCUUCACCACCAUUCUAACUGAGUGCCGCCUUUUCCAACCGUGGGCUACUGAACGGUUUCUGGACAACGGUGGACGGAUUGAAACGGUUAGUUUACUCAGUUUCGAGGAGCUACGCGGCAAAUGCGAUGUGAUUGUGAACUGUUCCGGUUUAGGAGCCAAACGUUUGUGCAACGAUCAUAAAUUGGUUCCUAUAAGAGGACAAGUAACGAAAGUGCGUGCCAACUGGGUAAAGACAGCUUUCUAUGCGGACUUCGAUACGUAUGUUAUCCCAGGCUUCGACGGAGUUACUUUGGGAGGGUGCCGUAAUUUCGAUAGCUAUAACACCGAAAUCUGUCGCCACGACACUGCGUCCAUCCGGGAACGUUGUGAAUCCUUGCUACCCAGCCUAAAGAAUGCACCCGUUAUCCGGCAGGCCGUUGGGUUGAGACCGCACCGUGAUCCAGUUCGCGUUGAGAUUGAGCUAUUGUCUACUCCAAACGGGACUUUGCGCAUCGUGCACAACUAUGGACACGGUGGGUAUGGCGUCACAACGGCACCAGGAACCGCAAAGUAUGCAGUGCAACUUGUUAAAGCUGCCUUAAAAAGCAACAGUAAAUUGUGAGAAGCAAUGCCGACGAAAUAAUAACAGAAAAACAUUAGCAAACAUUACCAAACAUUAUUACUAGAAAACUUAUAUACAAUAAAAAUCAAGUCUAAAGAAACCCAUCUGA